AUGCAUAAGGAGUCGCCCAGUGGGAGUCGAGACACACUAGAGUACAUUGAAGAAAGACGUAGGACCUUCUGGUACCUCUACGUCUACGAAACCUGGAUUUGCUUCCAUCUAGGCCGACCGCGAUCGCUUCUGCGCCGGGAUAUCGAUGUUGCACUUCCAGACGAUGGAUUUUUGCAUGGUCUCGUAUUUCUCUCAGACGCCAUUGCUCGCUCAGCGGACGAAUUAUAUGGCCGGCAUCAUGAUUCGUUGCUCGAGAUGUGGAAAAUUGCAAAGUCUGUAAGGGAUGAUUUGCGUUCCUUCGAGUUUAAGAUGCAGCGCGCUUUGGGAUUUGGACUCGAUAAACGGCCCCAGCCAGGCCGGAUUGGUGUUCAGCAGGCUAUAUUCAACACUCUCUAUUACCACACCAUCCUCCUCACAUUCCGGCCAUUCCUUAUAUUCCGGGGUCGAUGGAGACAGGAAAUGAAAGCAUCUCAGGCAAACGGGAACACUGGUGUCAAAAGAGAAGCACCGUCUUGGCUAAAUGACGCCUGUGACUACGCGCUCAGCGCUGCAUGCCGGACAAUUUACUUCCUCUGCGAAUCAUACACCACCAAUGAGCUCGUCAGGGAAAUCCGCUACCACUCAUACUUCCUCGGCAGCUCCUGUUUCGCCCUCAUAUUCGACCUCAUGCACGGCAAAGACCUCGCCUGCACUCACCUCCCCUGGGUCCACGCCUCCCUGCGCGGCAUCUCAACAAUGCGCCAGGACGACCCUACCAAAGCUUCGAUGGCAGCCAUCCAAACCGUUCUUAAGCAAAUAAACCCAGCAUACGAAUGGAUCCCACCGAGUGCGAACACCAACACAAAUACGAACAAACCGCAUCACCAACCAUCCACACAAUCACAACCACAAUCGCGCUCUCAAUCGUUCUCACAACCCCAGCAUACCCUCCCAGCAUCAAAACCCUAUCCCACCGAACAGUUCUUCCCAUCGACCUCUACUCCCGGCACCAUCAACACAUCUACAUCCGCAACCACGUCACCCAGAUUCGACCCGCUCUCUGCAACUAGUAUCUUCUUCCCUGGCCAAGACCCAAAUAUGCUCUUCGACUUCCAGGGUAAUCCACUAGAACAGGCAAUGCACAUGCCAGCUACGACGGGGAGCGUGGGGACAACCGACGAGCUGGACUUCACGCAGUCGGACAUGGGCUUCGACUUUGACUUUUCGAGUAUGGAUCUUGGCGCGUUCUUGUCCUUGAGUCCGGCGUUUGAAGCGGCGUUGUUGUAA